AUGUCCAGCCAAGAAAGAACAUUUAUUGCCGUGAAACCAGACGGAGUUCAGAGAGGAAUUUUUCCGGAAGUUUUGAAGAGAUUCACCCAAAGAGGCUUUAAAUUGGUCGGUAUUAAGCUUUGCACCGCUAACGAAAGCUUGUUGAGAAAGCACUAUGUCGACCUCCAGGAAAAGCCAUUCUUUAAUUCUCUUUUGUCUUACAUGACUUCAGGUCCAAUCUUGGCUACUGUUUGGGAAGGUAAAGAUGUUGUGAAACAAGGAAGAGCUAUGUUGGGUGCCACCAACCCUUUGAACUCUGCACCAGGCACUAUUAGAGGUGAUUUCGCAAUUGAUAUGGGAAGAAACGUUAUUCAUGGUUCCGAUUCUGUUGAGAAUGCCAAAAAGGAGAUUUCUUUAUGGUUCAAGCCAGAGGAGCUUGUGGAUUACAAAUCAACUUUAGCAUCCUGGAUAUACGAAUAG